AUGUAUCCACAGAGUUCGAUAGAGGUAUCCGUCGACUUUACUCGACCAGAUGGACAAAGAACAAGACCACUUUCGGUUGACGGUAAACGAUUAUACGUCGACGAGCAUUAUAUAUCUGUGUGGUCUCCGGUUUUGCGGGCAUGGUGCACGGAAUGCCCAGACCGUGAAUUGAUUUUAACCAACUUGCAGUACGACCAUGUCCUGGAAAUGCUGCAGUGCAUACACCCGACUUACAAGGAUAUCGAUGAACAAUCUGUUCAUAUUUUACUACCUCUAGCUUUUGAUUUUCAGAUGGAAGGUUUGCUACACCGUUGCGAAUGCUUUCUAAUAAACUACAAACUUCCUUUUUUAGAAAAAGUUUGGUUAGCUGACAGGCAAGUUUCGCUACCGGAAAUUUUCAAAAAAGAAAAAAAUUUCAGAUAUAAACUAAAUAGAUUACUGGUAUUAUGCCUUCGCGACAUGAAGCCAAACUCUAAAUUAGAUUUAUCAGGCACUCGUUACUACGGCCUUAGCGAUCGAGUGAAAGUUUUACUGCUUGAGCGCUUACACGGCGCCCCGGCGCCCGAGGAACUGCCAGAAUUACCAAUUGAUCUUGACGAUUAUCACAGAGCCACUGAUCUCAAUUUUACAAUGAUAAGGGCGAAGACUGGAAGGGCGUAUUACGUAAACCCAUACUAUGUCGCUGCUUGGUCCAAUUUGUUUCAAGAAAGAGUGGUAGUAUCUGUGAGCAACGACGAAAUGUUCUGUUCAUGUAAUCAUGAAGAGCUCAAAGCUUUUUUAAUGGCCAUAUAUCCUCCUCAACUCCGAAUAACAGAAGCAAAUAUUGGACCGGUGUUGAUGGCGGCAAGUAAACUAGAAUCACCUGGUUUGUUACGGAAGUGUGCGUUAAUGCUUCUUGCACCUGAAACGAAACUAUCUGUGUUCGUCAGGCUCUCACUUCUCGACCGUUGUUUCCUACAUGACUUGUUAGCUCCUUGCCUUCAGAUGGUCCAAAAACCUGAACUUUUGAUGGAAAUGACAAAUCAACAGACUUAUGAAUGUCUUUCAAUUCGAGCACGAGCUUCUAUGAUGGACCGUCUAUCGACACUGUUGAAAAACCCCGGCUUACGCUGCCAUCAUUGCCACCGUUGCCGACAAAGUAGUGCAUGUGCACAAAUCACUUGGAUGUGCCCACACUGUAAUACCUAUUCCAGUGAUGCUGUAUCUUCGCCCAAACAUCGCCAAGCAAACAAUCUUAAUGUUAAAAGAUAA